AUGUCGCUCGCUGAGAACAAGGCCGAAGCCGAGUCCUUCAUCAAAGGGCUUAUCAACAAGACUCUGCGCAUCCAGACCAAAGACUCGCGCCUGUUCGUCGGCACCUUCAAGUGCACCGACCCCGAGAGCAAUGUCGUCCUGGCACUGACCUACGAGUAUCGGCAGCCGUCCAAGCAGCAGCUCGACGACGCUGCGGCAGCCGCUAUCCUCUCUGGCGCGGACAAGGUCGUUAGUGACAUGACGUCGCGAUAUCUGGGCCUUGUGGUCAUUCCUGGCGAGCAGAUCGUCAAGCUCGAGGUAGAGGAGUUUGUCAGCCAGAUGCGCAGCCGCUCCGUCCUCGAGAGACGGAACAUCUAUGGCAAUGCAGGAGUUCAGCUGCCCCCCUGA